AUGGGGGAUGAUGGGGGUGAUGGGGAUGAAGGGGGUGAUGGAGAUGAUGGAGGUGAUGGGGAUGACGUGGAUGACGGGGGGGGUGAUGGGGAUGAUGGUUGUAAUGGGGAUUAUGGAAAUGAUGGAGAUGAUGGAUUUGAUGGGGAUGAUGAUGAUGAUGGAGAUGAUGGAGAUGAUAGGGGUGAUGGGGAUGAAGGGGCUGAUGGAGAUGAUGGAGAUGAUGGGGGUGAUGGGGAUGAAGAGGGUGAUGGAGAUGAUGGAGAUGAUGGGGAUGAUUGGGGUGAUGGGGGUGAAGGGGGUGAUGGAGAUGAUGGAGAUUAUGGGGGUGAUGGGGAUUAUGGGGAUGAUGGAGUUGAUGGAGAUGAUGGAGAUGAUAGGGAUGAUGGGGAUGAUGGGGGUGAUGGGGAUGAAGGGGGUGAAGGAGAUGAUGGGUGUGAUGGGGAUGAUGGAGAUGAUGAAGAUGAUGGAGAUGAUAGGGAUGAUGGGGAUGAUGGGGGUGAUGGGGAUGAAGGGGGUGAUGGGGAUGAUGGGUGUGAUGGAGAUGAUGAAGAUGCUUGGGAUAAUGGGGGUGUAGUGAAGAUGGGGGUCAUGUGGAUGAUGGGGAUGAUGGAGGAGAUGUGGAUGAUUGGGGUGAUGGGGAUGAUGAUGAUGGGGAUGAGGAGAAUGAUGUGGAUGAUGAGGAUGAUGGAUGAUGGGGAUGAUGGAUAUGAUGGAGAUGAUGGGGAUGAAUGGGGAGAUGGGGAUAAUGUGGAUGAUGGAGAUGAUGGGGAUUAUGGAGAUGAUGGAGAUGCCUGGGAUGAUGGGGGAUGUGAUGGAGAUGAUGGAAAUGAUUGGUGUAAUGGGGAUGAUGGAGAUGAUGGAGAUGAUGGGGAUGAGGGGGGUGAUGUGGAUGAUGGAGACGAUGUGGAUGAUGUGGAUGAUGUGGAUGAUGGAGAUGAUGAAGAUGAUAGGGAAGAUUGGUGUGAUGGGGAUAAAGGGGGUAAUGGGGAUGAAGGGCAUGAUGGGGGUGAUGUGGAUGAUGUGGAUGAUGGAGAUGAUGGGGAUGAUGGAUAUGAUGGAGAUGAUGGGGAUGAAUGGGGAGAUGUUGAUGAUAUGGAUGAUGGAGAUGAUGGGGAUGAUGGAGAUGAUGGAGAUGCUUGGGAUGAUGGGGGUGUAGGGAGGAUGGGGGAGGAUGGGGGUGAUGUGGUUGAUGGGGAUGAUGGAGAAGAUGUGGAUGAUUGGGGUGAUGGGGAUGAUGGGGAUGAUGGGGGUGAUGGAUAUGAUGAUGAUGGAGAUGAGGGGAAUGAUGUGGAUGAUGAGGAUGAUGGGGAAGAUGGGGGUGAUGUGGAUGAUGGGGAUGAUGGAGGAGAUGUGGCUGAUUGGGGUGAUGGGGAUGAGGGGUUGAUGAUGAUGGGGAAAAAAAAGGGGAAUGUGUGUGUGAUGAGGAUGAUGGGUGUGAUGGGGAUGAUGGGGAUGAUGGGGGUGAUGGAUGAUGGAGAUGAUGGAGAUGAUGGGGAUGAUGGGAUGAUGGGGAUGAUGAUGAUGAUGAUGAUGGAGAUGAUGGGGAUGAUGGGGAUGAUGGGGAUGAUGGGAUGA